CACACGACAACAAAGUUUCCUAAUCUCUCUCUCUCCCUCUGUUUUCUCUUUCCGCCAAUUUCCCGAUCAUCAUCUUAUUCUUCUUCUGGAUGCAAUGGGGACUCCUCGGUCGCCGGCCACAGAUUUCUUCGGCAUUUCCAAGACAGCAUGCAAAGCCUACAAGUCCCUCGUCACCAAAUUGCACCCUCUCUCCUCUUCUCAUCGCAAAUCUGAAUCCCACUCCGACGCCGAUUCCGCAAUCCACCAAAGAUAUCUAGAGGAGAAAUUUGCGGAAGAGGAUGAUCUUCUCGCUGCUAGGAGAGGUCUCCGGUUACAGAGCAUGGACGAUAGCUCCUUCUUCAAACGCCGAUCUUCUCUCUUAUCAAACUCAAGUAGCCGCCGUAGCCACACGCCGCAAGCUAGACCAACCUACCUCUCCUCCUCCGGUUCUUCCAACCGCCGUUCUGCUUUCUCAAGAAGCACUAGCCGUAGAGACGAAGGUAGCAGCCACGGCGGAGGGAGAAGUCACGGUUUAAAAUCACGUCCGAUAUCGAACAACGCGAGUCCGAUGACGUCGCCUUUCACUAGUCCGAGAGGGAAAGAUCAAACCUUAGGUGAUUUAUUUGGCUCCGUACAGGGAGUAACGUCUCCUCCAAGCUCUAGUCCGAUCAACGGCGUGAAACAAUCUUCUCCGUCAUCUAUAUCGAAGAGCGCUAGCAAGAGAGAUAAAGAUGAUAGAGCUGGCUCAGCGAGUUCGGCGACGUCCACGUCUUUGCCGUUUUCUAGGAGCAAGAGCACGAGACAACAAGAGAGGGACGCGGCUGGGUCAAUAGGGAAGAGUAUAAGCCGGAGGAGCACAACGCCGAUAGUGUUUUCACAGUCUACACCACCGAAAAAACCACCGGCUGUAGAGAAAAAGCUUGAAUGUACGUUGGAAGAACUCAGCCAUGGCGGAGUCAAAAACAUCAAAAUCAAAAGAGACAUCAUUACCGAUGAAGGGUUGAUUAAGCAACAAGAAGAGAUGUUAAGAGUGAACAUCAAACCGGGAUGGAAGAAAGGGACAAAGAUUACAUUUGAAGGAGUAGGGAACGAAAAACCAGGCUAUCUCCCGGAAGAUAUAACAUUCGUGGUUGAAGAGAAGAGACAUCCUUUGUUCAAAAGACGCGGAGAUGACUUAGAGAUUUGUGUAGAGAUUCCUCUUUUAAAGGCUUUAACGGGAUGUAAACUCUCGGUGCCACUAUUGAGUGGCGAGUCUAUGUCGAUAACCGUAGGAGAUGUGAUCUUCCAUGGAUUUGAGAAGGCGAUCAAAGGUCAAGGUAUGCCAAAUGUUAAAGAAGAAGGUAAGCGAGGGGAUUUGAAAAUAACGUUUCUAGUGAAUUUUCCGGAAACGUUGAGUGAAGAACAACGGUCAAUGGCCUAUGAAGUUUUGAAAGAUUGUUCUUGGGCAUAAGGCUUAUAAUAUAAUUAUGGGUGUCUUCAUGCCUUUCACUUAUUCUUCUUUGUAUAUAAUACGAGUUGAGGGUUUGAUGCGUUAAAUUGUGAUUCGUUUAGGCUUACUUUAUUGUUGUCUUUGUAACAAUCAUUUUCUUAGAUUGAGCUUUUUUAAUGUGGUUCUUGCUGUGAAUGAUACAGUUGUCUUGUUCCUCACCUAUGUAGUUUCUUGUCAUUGUU